AUGGUAUCCGGACUGUCUGCGACGGGGCUCGCGGCCAGCGUGACCCCCUCUGUGCCGGCCAAUUUCAGCAUUUACAACAACGACUUCCUUUCCAUCCUUGGUUCUGCGCCCAAACUCGAGCUGCUUCUAGAAAAUAAUGACUUCCCCUUCGCCCACGAAGCGGCCGUCUACGUCCCCAGCUCCGAUGCCCUCUUUGUGAGCAGCAACAUGUUCCUUGACCCGGUAACCAACAAGACCACCAUCAAGAUCAGCAAAGUCAACGUCAGCGCGAACCCGGUCACGGCGGAAAUCAUCAAUAGCACUAUUCCCUUGCCCAACGGCGCGGUCAACAACGGCGACGGUAUCAUGUGGGCCGGCCAGGGCACCCUCAACGAAACGAGCGGCCUUUUCCAAAUGUCGGCUACCGCGCCGUACGAAUCAGAGCCUCUCGUCCGGGAUUAUUACGGCAGCCAGUUCAAUUCCCCCAAUGAUGUAGUGGUGUCGCGAGAUGGUUCGUAUUGGUUCACCGAUCCCAUCUAUGGAUCGGUGCAAGGCGUUCGCCCGGCGCCGGAGCUACCAAACCAGGUAUAUCGCUACGACCCGGCCACCAAGGCCGUGCAUGUUGUGGCCGAUGGGUUUGGACGGCCCAACGGGAUCUCCUUCUCGCCGGAUGAAAAGACCGUGUAUAUCACCGACACCGCCAAGGUCAUUGGCAAUGGAAGCACCGACUCUCUCCUACCGAGAACGAUUUAUGCAUUCGACGUGACUACUAUCCACGGCCAACCUUUCUUGACAAAUCGGCGUCUCUUUGCAAUGGCAAGCGAAGGUAUUCCCGACGGGAUCAAAAACGACCAGUACGGGAAUGUCUACGCGGGAUGUGGUGAUGGUGUCAGUGUCUGGUCCGCGGGCGGAGUCCUCCUCGGCAAGAUCUUGAUCAAGGGAGGAACUUCGAACUUUUCAUUCGGACGGGAUGGCCGCAUGUUUAUUCUCAAUGAGCAUAAAUUGUUCGUCGCACAGUUGAACAGCACGUUGCAGUCGACGUUGUUUUAG